CAAGCAAGUCAUCUUGGAUUCUUAAAAUUUCGUCACUAUAUAAUAAUCUCUAGCUAUGUCUCUGCUAUCCUGAAGAGGGACAUUGUCUAAAGUUCAACAUUAUUCAAGUGAAUGCCAGGGAUUUUUGCACUUUGUUGUUUUGAAUUCAUUUGGCUAUGGACAACACUGGCUUGAAAAUACAACAGGUUCAAACCGGAGACCAUAUAUCAGUUGACAUCAGACAACCUGACGAGGAACUGGUGGCUUCCAUUGUAAAAGAGAUAGAAAAUAUUUCAUAUUCUCAUUGUAUCUGCAAAGUGAAGGGGAGUCUUCGUGGGACAAAUGAUAACGUGUAUGAUCCUCAAAAAAUCUCAAUUGGUCCUUACCACCAUGGUGAACGUUUAAAACUCAUGGAAGAUCAGAAAUGGCGCUACGCACAUGCGCUCCUCAAUCGAAAACCGAACCUAGAAGCAAGCCUAAAUGAUUGUGUGGCUGCACUUAGAGAGGUGGAACACAGAGCACGGGCGUGCUAUGAAGAUGGUGGUGACAUUGAUUGGUCAUCCGACAAAUUCCUAAAAAUGAUGUUGAUUGAUGGCUGUUUCAUCAUCGAACUCUUUCUUAAGUUUUCUGUAAAGAGUUUAAGACGCAGAUAUGAUCCUAUAUUUAGCACGCCAGGAAUGCUCAAUAUUCUGAGGUAUGACCUGAUAUUGCUAGAAAAUCAGAUUCCUUUGUUCAUUCUUCAGCGAUUAUAUCAGGUGGUGCCAAUUCCUAAGCAAUGUACUUACUCUUUCGCUGAGCUUGCUUUCCGUUUCUUCAAAGACAUGAUUCCUGGUGAUCAAAAAAUUAAUCAAGAAAAAUUCAGCCAAGAAGCGCACCAUUUGCUUGACAUAAUCUGCCACUGUCUCCAACCAACAUGUCCAAGAGUACGGAAAGCAGAACAGCAGCAAGCCAACUCCGAGCAUAAGCAUCAACCUUCUGCAACAGAGCUCCAGGGUUCAGGAAUUAGGAUCAAGAUGGCAAGAACAUAUAACUUGCUGAACAUAAAGUUUGCAAACGGAAUCCUAGAAAUCCCACUUCUUGAAGUCGACAAAUAUACAAAAAGCCUCUUCAGGAAUCUCAUCGUGCUCGAGCAUUUUUCCAGCGACAAUAUACAGUACAUCACUUCUUAUGCAAUUUUCAUGAAAAACCUAAUCAGAGAGGAAAAAGAUGUGAAAUUGCUGCAACGACGACAGAUUCUGAUCAACUACGAUGGCACAGAGGAAAAGAUGGUUGAACUGUUUGAAGAGCUGUGCAAAGGGGUGGAAGUGAAGGAAUUCUAUUAUGAUGGGCUCUGUGAACAAGUGAAUGGGUACAAGGGCAAGAGUUGGCCUAAGAAAUUGAAGUCCAGAAAGGGUAGAAGUAAUCCUCGGUUAAGUCCAAUGCUACUUGUUGGAAUGUCGGUUCUUCUUCUCACCCUUGUGGGAACUUUGUUUUCGGUACUCUCUUUUUUUCUCCACCGCGGUUAAGAUUUCCCUCAAAAGCAUCUAAAAAUCUUGUUGCCUCUGUUGAGAUAUGAAUAAAUUGAAUGUUUUCCCUCCUA